UAAACAUUAUUUUCUCUGUUUUAUUGGUGAUUAAUUAUUAAAUCUCUGUUGUAUUAGUGACUGAUUAGUUAUUAAUCCAACUAGCACCACCAAAAGAAGAAAAUAAAAAUCUCUUAUCUUCCUACUUUCCUUUUUUCUGUCAAGAAAAAGCAAACUUAGACUUUAGGGCUUGUGGCUCUUGUAACACAGAGGUAAACACAGAGCAACACGAGAUCUAUAGCUCAUGCAUUUCUCAGAAAUUUUCGUUAUAGGGUUUUACUUUCCACACCAGUUUUAUUCUUCUGUUCUUUAUUUUAGUUGUGCUAAUUAUUCCUCAUCUGUAAAGUAUUGUAGGAAGAUGGUGAGAGGAAAGAUCGAGAUAAAGAAGAUCGAAAACGUGACAAGCAGACAAGUCACGUUCUCAAAGCGAAGAAGUGGUCUAUUUAAGAAGGCUCAUGAGCUUUCAGUUCUAUGCGAUGCUCAAGUUGCCGCCAUUGUCUUCUCUCAGAACGGAAGAUUAUAUGAAUUCUCUAGCUCCGAGAUGGAGAAAACGAUAGAAAGAUAUGGAGAUUUUAGUAAUGAGUACUUUGUGCUAGGGAGGCCCCAAGUACAACCAUACCUGGAGGAGCUGAAGAAGGAAAUGGAUAUAAUGGUUAAGAACAUUGAUCUCCUUGAAGUUCAGCAACGGAAGUUAAUGGGGCAAGGUUUGGGUUCGUGUUCAGUGGCAGAACUUCAAGAGAUAGAUAUUCAGAUUGAGAAAAGCCUUCGUAUUGUAAGAUCAAGAAAGGCUGAGUUAUAUGCAGAUCAACUAGGAAAGCUAAAAGAAAUGGAGAUAAAAGUCUUGGACGAGAGAAGAAGGCUACGUGAAAAGGAAAUCAGAGAGAGGUUGCUACGACCACUGCUGCCAGUAACAUUACAUACAGAGAAAGGUGAACCCGAAGGUGGUUACAGAACCAAACAUUCAUCAGAGGUCGAAACCGAUCUAUUUAUUGGAUUGCCUGUGGCUCGACCAUAAUAUUUCACACUUUCCUUAAGUUUGCUUAUAGUGUUAUAACUUCGAUUUGUUGUUUGUAAAUUACCCUAUAAUUUAUGAGCGAUAUCACCAUCUCUUGUGUAUAAAACUUGAAAUAAUUUGACCUGUAUAACAUUUUAAGUUGUCACUUUAGUUUGUUUUUUUGGAAAUAAUGAUACAUUUUGUUUCUAUGCAGAUCCAUCGAGAGCCAUUAAGAUGGUAAGUCCAUGUGUAUUGGCUGGAAAAAUUAUUCGGCCCACAAACUAAUUUCUCUAGAAAUUGUGUCAAUCUGGCAUCGUUUUAGCUCAAAAACAUGAGUGAGUAUAUGAACUUUUUAGUUAACAGGAGUCCAAAUUAGACAACCAAACAAGAGGACAGUGUGACAACCUGUCCCGUGGACCACCCGUUCCGUAGACCUCAGGCUCACAGCACUGCAGCGCAUCGACCUCAACUCCUCCCUUAUGAGUUUUCACUAACUCCAUAAUUAGGUUGUUGGUGCGCUUUGAACCUAGGAUUUCACCCUUUAACAACUCUCCCACAAGACAAACUGUCACCAAUUGAGAGAAUAUGGUUAUAUUGGCGAGAUUAUGCGUGUUAAAGUUGACAUCAAAUAAGUAUUAAGAAAAUAAAAUGUUAAGAGUCAAUAAAUUGAUGUCAAAUAAUUUUUAUAAUUUUAAAAUUUUCAAAUAAGUAUAUAUCACACAACUAAUCAAACUAGUUACAAAACUUUUAUUAAAAGUUCAUAACAAAAGAGGUUAAAAUAAUUAAAAACAAAAUUAAGUAAUAUAUAUUUUAAUUUUCAUUAAUAUAAAUACAAAUAAUAUAAUUAUAUAGUUUUCAAAUAUACUAAAAUAAAAAUGUUAUAACAUUAAUUAUCACAGAAAUGUCAAAAUAUAUUGAUUUUGUGAAUGUGAUUUUAUUUAAAAAAAUAUUUAUGCGCUUUUAAGCGCAGAUCAGAAUCUGAUUUGUCUUAAAACAAGAAAUAGAUUCACAAUACAUAAGGAAACGGAAAAAAGAGAGAGAAAAUGAGGCCCUUGUGUUUAAAAAAUAAAAGGAGGCCCUUCAAGAGAAAAGAGCAUAAAUGAGUAAUAACUUAUAGCUUAGAUAUUUACAUAUUCAAUAAACGAAAGAAAAAUAUUUGAAUUCCUUCUUAGCUUAAGGCAAAAUCAUUUUUCUACAUCUUCAAAGAAGAAGAAAAAAACCAUAAAUAAACUGAAGACAUUUACAACCAACUCCAUUUUCUACUCCAAACAUCAAAAUAGAGUAAAAUAUGCUAUAACCUCAUUCUAUUUUCAAUUACAAAAUGACGUUAUAAUUAGGGUUACUCCAUUUUUUGAGUAAACCUACUCUUUACUCUAUUUUAGAGUUAAACUUUUUUUUUCAUUAAUAGGAUGCUCUUUUAAAUCUGAUUUUAGUUCGUACUUAAAUAAUAUUUAAAAAUAAUACAAUAACAUGAAAAGAAAUAUGAUAUUUCAUAAGAGAUUAUUUACUAAUUUUACAUAAAAUGCAUAAAUUGAUAAAAAAAAAUACCAAACUAAACGUGAAAAUAUAAAAUAAAAA